AUGGACUUAUCAAAUUUCCAAAGCACCAACAACAACAAGAAGCAGCAGCAGCAGCAGCAGCAACAGAGCAACACUAGUAACAACAACACAAGUCAUCACCAGCUCCACCAGCACCUUCUUCAUCCUCAUCCUCAUCAUCAUCAUCAACAGCAACCAAAACAGCAACAGUCCUCACCUUCUUCCCAGUUUGUGGUCCCCUUUGAUGGCAGCAGAUCUUCUUCUGGAGCAGGAGCAGGAGGAGGAGGAGGAGGGGGAGGGCCCCCUUUCAUGGGCUCCAUCUCAAUUCAAGCUGGCCUCACCUCUACUCAUACACCAACAACAACUUCUGCUACUGUUUCUGCACAACCACCAGCUCCUUCCUCCUCUUCUUUGUCUUCUUCCUCCUCCUCCUCUCCCUCCUCCACCUCCACCUCCACCGCUCCUCCGCCCCACUUGGUCGACGCCUCCCUCGCCAUCGCCACCAGAUCCGACUCCCACCCCUCAACCCGACCAGCCCCGCUCCUCGACUCCGCCAAGAAAAACCAAAUUCAUCAGCAGCAAUUGACAAUUUCACCCACCAGUACUACUACUGCUACACCACCAGCACCACCAGCCGCAGCAGCAGCAACCCAAGUAGUGAAACGAUCCACCAAGGAUCGGCACACGAAAGUCGAAGGCCGAGGCCGCCGCAUACGAAUGCCGGCCACCUGCGCCGCCAGAGUCUUCCAGUUGACGAGAGAAUUGAGCCACAAGUCCGACGGCGAGACAAUCGAGUGGCUCCUCCAGCAAGCCGAGCCUGCGAUCAUCGCCGCCACCGGAACGGGGACCAUCCCGGCCAAUUUCUCCAGUCUGAACAUCUCCCUGCGUAGCAGCGGAUCAACGCUCUCCGCUCCGCCUUCCAAGUCCGCCUCUCAUUCCUUUCCCGGCGCCUUGGCUCUUGCCCAUCACCCUCACUACGACGAGGGUUUUCCCCAUUCGGGUUUGUUGGGGUUUCAUCAACAUCAUCAACAACAUCAACAGCAGCAUCAUCACCAUCAUCAUCAGCAGCAUCAGUCUCCUCUUAUGACCGCGGAUCAAAUUGCAGAAGCGCUUCCAAGCGGCGGCGGAGACAGCGGCGGUGGAGACUCCACCGACAGUUAUAUGAGAAAGCGCUUCAGAGAAGAUCUGUUCAAGGAAGAUAAUCAAGGGCGAGGCGAAGGCGGCGGAGGCAGCAGCGGAGGAGGAGGGUCGCCGUCUGGGAAUAAGGCUUUUAAGAGUAGCGGAGGCUUACAAUUGCAAAAACAACAACAGGGGUCGGAGGGGGAGGCAGGACCUUCAGGGCUGCUGAGGCCACCUUCGAAUAUCCUGCCACCCACUGCCAUGUGGGCAGUGGCACCCGCCCCGAACAGCGGUGCUGCUGGCAGCACAUUCUGGAUGCUGCCAGUAACUGCCGGUGCUGGUGGGCCCUCAAUGCCCACCGGGACGUCCGGGGCUGGUCCUUCCGAGGCUGCACAGAUGUGGACGUUUCCGUCCGCACCUGCCAGUCACGGGAGUACAUUGCAAGCGCCAUUGCAUUUCAUGCCGAGGUUUAACCUUCCAAGCAGUCUUGAAUUCCAGCAAGCCGGCAGCCGAGGGAGCCCUCUCCAAUUGGGUUCCAUGCUAAUGCAGCAACAGCCAUCACAGCAUCUUGGGCUUGGAGUCGCCGACUCGAAUUUAGGCAUGUUGGCUGCUCUGAAUGCUUCUUACUCUAGAGGUGGUUUGAAUAUGAAUUCUGAGCACCACCAGCAGAAUCAUCCAUUGGAUCAUCAUCAUCAACAACAACAACACCAGCCUCAAACUACUGAUAGUGGAGAUGAGGCCCCAAAUAGUUCUCAAUGA